AUGAGCGCCACUGACACCGUCAAGGUUUUGCAGGAUGCCUUGGAGGUUUUUCGUCCGCAUACCAAGGGUCCAGUGCGCAGAGGCUUCGACAAACCCCGCUGGGAGAUGAGCAACCUCCACACCAUCAUACUAACAGGUUUGAAGAGCGUAUAUGAAAAAGCACUGACUGUCCCCGAGGAGAAACAUCGAGCCUUUGUCGGAUACUGCUUACAAUGGGUCGGGUACAUCAUAAAUCAUCAUUGGAUCGAGGAAAACCUCUAUUUUACACAUUUCCCAGAAUCGUUUACCCAAACCCAGACCAUUUUCUCCGAGCACCAAACUUUUCACGCCAAAAUCGAGGAGAUGAAAACAUAUCUCACCAACUGUCUUCCCAUUGGCACGAAAUGGGGCCUUCGCGAUACGGUAGAGGAAAGCGCGUCUCGAACUCAGAAAGAGCCUGUGGCAUUUGACGGCGCUCGUCUGAAGGCGAUCAUAGACACCUUCAUCGUUCCGCUGACUACGCAUUUGCAAGCUGAGAUAACUUAUCUUGAUCCAGAAAAUAUCAAAGCAUCAGGGAUGACGGAGAAGCAGCUCGAAGAAAUGGAUAAAGCUGUCAUGGCUCAUAUCAGAUCCUUGGGCCCUCAUCCGUUGCUCAUGUAUACUGUGUAUCACUUGCCGAAGGACGUCGAGUUUCCCCCUGCUCCAAAGUUCGUAAAGAGGAUUCUCGUCCCUUGGAUAUUUCACUGGAAGGGCAGUCAGUGGUGGCAAUUUUGCCCUAAGAGAUUUGAAUGA